AUGGAUGCAAAAUGCAGAGCAGUUCCUGCCCCUUGGCUCAAAAUGUCAGCAACUCUGGAGAAGGCACUUAUCUUUGAUCAGUGUUCGCAGGGAUUUGGCUCACUUGAGGAGUCCUGUCCCCUUGAGAAGCAGGCCCUAGACGUCCUACCUGGAGAGAGACAGGACUGGAUGUGGGUACAUGACUCUCCUAACAGAGAGGCCACAGAAGUGAGGAGAGAUGGAGAGCGAGAUCUGGAUGGAGAACAGGCUUUAUCCAGUGCCCAGGAAGGGCAGAGAUUGGCACGUGAGAAGAUUUUGGCAUCAACCUUGGAUUCACCAGUUACCCAACAGUGGCCCACAGUCAUCCAGCCUGAAAAUGUCAUUCCCUUUUCUUGGGUCCUGCAAAAGAGAGGUGGGGAGCUAGCAGUCAUCCUGUUUAUGGGGGGCAGUUCAGUAGAAAAUGAGCUAGGGCAUGCAUCUGCUUCCCCUGCAUCUGCCUCGGAUUGUGUGAAUUGUCAAGGAGACAGGACACAGGAAGAGGUACCGUUGAUAAACUAUCCCCAGGAGCUGGUGAUGUUUGAAGACAUAGCUGUGUAUUUUACCCAGAAGGAGUGGAUGUGUUUGAUCCCUGCUCAGAGGGACCUCUAUAGGAAUGUGAUGCUGGAGAAUUAUGAGAAUUUGCUUUCUCUAGGAGCAUUCCUAUUUCCCAAACCUGCCGUGAUCUCCCAGCUGGAGCAAGGUCAGGAAUCCUAUGUUCUUGAUCUACAGGGAGGUGACUUAAGAGGGACUCCAAGAAGCUCCUGUGCAGUGUCAAGUGUUAAGACUAAGAUUGGGGGUGAGGAAUCAACUGAGAAACUUGAAAAACUAAGUUUUGGAAAUGAGGAGUCACACUGGGUCAUCCGGAAAAAUGCCCAGAAGAAUCAUUGUGGAAAACCCACAGGAGAAACAGUGAAAAUUAAGACUGGAAAUUCUGGGGAGGUGAAUGACAGAGCUAAGAAAAUUCUGAUGGACGUGUCAGAACGAAAGGGUAAAGAUUUAGAGGAAAAUUUACAUAUAAGCUCAGAAUAUCUCAUGUACAAGAGAGUUCCUAAUGAGCACAGUUUCUGUGAAUGUAGUGCAGGUCAUGAAAAUGUCUGUUGGCAGUCAGACCUCAUUCUCUAUGAUAAAAUGCAUACCAAAGAGAAACCUUGUGAAUGUGAUGAAUGUGGAAGAGCUUUCAGGGUGACCUCAGCCCUCACCCUACAUAAAAGAAUCCACAGUGGUGAGAAGCCUUACGCAUGUGAAGAGUGUGGGAAGGCCUUCAGCCAGAGCUCUGCCCUAACCCAGCACAAAAGAAUCCACAGUGGAGAGAAACCAUAUAUGUGUGACCAGUGCCACAAAGCCUUCAAUGGGAGCUCAGAUCUUAUUAAACACAAGAGAAUUCACACUGGAGAGAAACCUUAUGAAUGUGGGGACUGUGGGAAAUCCUUCAGGAAUAUCUCAGCCCUCACUGAACACCACCGAAUCCACACUGGAGAAAAGCCUUUUGAAUGUAAUGAAUGCUGGAAAGCCUUCAGUAGCAGGUCGGCCCUUUCUCAGCAUAAAGGAAUUCACAAUGGAGGGAAACCUUAUAAAUGCGGUGACUGUGGGAAAGCCUUCAAGACCAGGAACUGCCUUACCAUGCACCAAAAAAUCCACACUGGGGAGAAGCCUUAUGAAUGUACUGAGUGUGGCAAGGCCUUCCAGUUUAGGCACUGUCUUACUGUCCAUCAGAGAAUCCACACUGGAGAGAAACCCUAUGAAUGUGCAGAAUGUGGGAAGGCCUUCAGUGGGAGUUCAGACCUCACCAAACACAAGAGGAUCCACACUGGAGAAAAACCCUACCAGUGUGCUGAGUGUGGGAAGGCUUUCAGUUGCAGCUCUGACCUUACCAAACAUAAAAUAAUUCACACUGGGGAGAAACCAUAUAGUUGUCUCCAGUGUGGGAAGGCCUUUGGUGGGAAGUCAGAUCUUACCAAACACAAACGAAUCCACACUGGGGAGAAGCCUUAUGAGUGUCAAGAGUGUGGGAAAGUGUUUAGUUAUAGCUCAGGCCUUAGGCACCACAAAAAAGUCCAUACUGGGGAGAAACCCUUUAGAUGUAAUGAAUGUGGGAAGACCUUUCAUCAGAGCUCAGAACUUAAUGUACACGAAAGGGUCCACACGGGAGAAAAACCAUACAAGUGUGAAAAGUGUGGGAAAGCUUUCAGAGUGAGUUCAGAUCUCAAUGGGCAUAAAAUAAGAAAGCAUACUGAGGAGAAACCCCCUGAAUAUGAAAGUGAAAAAUCAUUAAGUCCAGUGUCCUUUCCUCAGUCUCAUCCACACCUACCUACCUGCAGCAUUUGA